UGACCGACCGGCGGCGCGGACCCCGCCCUCACGCGGCCCCCUGGAGACAGACUCGGAAAGGCUGGAUCUGAGCGCGGAAGAACAAUUGGCCUGGGCCAAAAACACUCAGGACCCUCGGAUUGCAGUGGGUUCCCAGUCCCCACUAGAAAAGAAGAUUAAGAGUUUAGGUGGUGUCCAUUCUUCAAAAGUGAGGAAAUUUUUGCUCCGAAAGUCUCAGCAGGAGAAUGAAACCCUUCAUCAGCUCAAAGCCAUGUCUUUUGACUUCCAGUUUGCCAAAGCAGGGGAGUACUACUACCGACGGCAUCAGGCAACGACGCUGGGAAAAGCAUGGAGACCCACGACGGCGCCAAGGUGGGAAAUUAAAAUAGAGAGACAGAGACCACAAGGUGACAAAACAGGAGAUGCUAAAAAAUGGGACUACUUAGUGUCUGAGAGGGAGCUGGACCACAUAGAGAAGCACAUCUACCGAGCCAAACGAGCCAGAGGCCUCCGAGACCGCAAGUACCGGCUCCUCCCUCAAAGGGUUCCAAGUGACACGGCCAUCCCCAAAAUACUAAGCCCAGGGAAGGAGGAGAAGACUGCAGCUGUCCAGAAAACCCACAAAACGAAGACCAAAAAGCACAGGGCGGCCUGGGCAAAGGAACAGAUCAGGGGACACCAGGAUCGAAUGAAUCGGGGGCGAGAGCUCACAGAGCAGAGAAGCAAGAGACUGUGCCGGGAGGGUCUCUGCUCCCGCUCCUCCCCUCCACAGGCCUGCAACACACAAGGAGGAAGAGAAGGAAUUCGAACGGGUCACAGCCUACCUGAUUGCCCAGCCUCACCAGGAAGCACUCAUAAAAGUGACCAUCCUCACGGAAAAGUCCAGAAAGGAGGAAAACGUAAAAAAGCCACUCUGACGAGAGCUCUUGAGUAUGCCACCGUUUUUGAGACGCCAACUAAAAAAAAAGGAAGUUUAAGUUAUUUUAUGGACGAUUCUAUUUCUUUCACAGGCCGGCAUCCUUUGACAACUGUCAGCGCAGUAAAGUCCCAUAACCCCCGAAUUGCGUUUCUAAGUCUGUUUGCAUCAAACUUGGGGUCGGGGGAGUUAAACCAAGUGUUUGUUUCACCUCUCUGCAUGAUUAUCCCGAAACUUAGUGACUUAAAACGACCACUAUUUUGUUGUAUCUCCCAAUUCCAUAACAGGAAUUCAGACAGAGCUCAGCUGGGCAGUUUUUCUUCCCUGUCCUGCACUGCCAGAGCUGCUUGGGGAUGAUCAGGUGACAGUUGGACAAGAGGGUACAGGCCUCGUGCCCCUGGGGUUGACUAGAAGGCUGGGUUUAGCUGGUCCCAGUCCUGUCUCCUCUCUCCAUGUGGUUUCUGACCUUAUUUCACUGUGACCAGGCUCCAGUGACCUGUCAGACACCACAAGAUUUCUUGUGACCGAGCAUCCGCAGUCCCAGAACAUCACUUCUGCCAUAUUCUGCUGCUCAAACAUGUCACCAAGAUCAAUCCAGACUGGGGGGCAGUGGGCUGGGUGGGGGGGAGACCCUUCCUCUCAAAGAAACUUGCAGCGAGCUUUUAAUCCACUCCUGCAAGGCUCUGAAAAGUCCAUCACACGCGUCCAUCCUUGUUUAUCCUUUCCACUGUCUUUUAUGUUAAUACUACUCAUAAACAUGAAACAAGUAUUUUUAUACAAAGAAACCAACAAGUCCAUAGCUCCUGGAGUGAUCUUGACUGAAGGGACCUGGCUCCCUCCCUGGAAAAGUAAAUAACAGAUCGAGGGUUUAAAAGCCUGUUGUAGGGGCGCCUGGGUGGCUCAGUGGGUUAAGCCGCUG